AUGAGUGGAAUCGCGAAUGCCUGUUUGUCUUGCUUUUCAGCAGUAGACCGAUGGUGUCAUAUAACGGCGUGUCUCGGUCCCAUCGGAGCUCGUUCUCGAGACGGCAUCUACGAAACCACUUUAGCUGAUAAUGAACGAGAGGCGGUAUCAGACCUCUUGGGCUACCUGGAAAACCGCGCCGAGACAGACUUCUUCCACGGUGAACCGCUACGAGCAUUGAGUACCCUGGUCUAUUCUGAAAAUGUCGACCUCCAACGAAGUGCCAGUUUGACUUUUGCCGAGAUCACUGAGCGAGAUGUACGCGAAGUUGAUCGCGAUACACUCGAGCCGAUUCUAUUCCUACUACAAAGUUCCGAUAUUGAAGUCCAACGGGCUGCCAGUGCAGCACUAGGCAAUCUCGCGGUGAAUGGUCUUGAUCGUCACCCUCGGGGGCUGGCUCCCCUGAUUCGCCAGAUGAUGUCUCCCAAUGUUGAGGUACAGUGCAAUGCGGUUGGUUGUAUCACGAAUCUUGCGACGCAUGAGGAAAACAAGGCCAAGAUUGCCCGCUCUGGAGCCCUAGGCCCUCUCAUUCGCCUGGCCAAAUCGAAGGACAUGCGUGUACAGCGUAAUGCGACGGGCGCACUGCUCAAUAUGACCCAUUCAGAUGAUAACCGACAGCAACUCGUCAAUGCUGGCGCCAUCCCCGUCCUCGUGCAUCUCCUUUCAUCCCCCGACGUCGACGUUCAGUAUUACUGCACAACAGCUCUCAGCAACAUUGCCGUUGAUUCGACCAAUCGUAAGCGACUCGCUCAAACUGAGUCGCGCCUGGUACAAUCCUUGGUUCAUCUCAUGGAUUCAUCCACCCCGAAAGUGCAAUGUCAGGCGGCUCUUGCCCUGCGCAACCUUGCAUCUGAUGAGAAAUACCAGCUUGAGAUCGUUCGGGCGAAGGGUCUUUCCCCACUGCUGCGACUUCUACAAUCCUCCUACCUUCCUCUCAUUUUAUCCGCCGUCGCAUGUAUCCGCAACAUCUCUAUCCAUCCUCUCAACGAAUCACCUAUAAUCGAAGCGGGCUUCUUGAAGCCACUGGUGGAUCUUCUGGGUUCGACUGACAAUGAAGAGAUUCAAUGUCACGCUAUAUCCACGCUUCGUAACCUCGCUGCUAGCUCGGAUCGCAACAAGGAACUUGUUUUGCAGGCCGGAGCGGUGCAAAAAUGCAAGGACCUGGUUCUCCGGGUCCCUCUCACAGUUCAAUCUGAGAUGACUGCUGCAAUCGCUGUGCUGGCCCUCAGCGAAGAACUGAAGCCGCACCUUCUGAAUCUGGGAGUCUUCGACGUCUUGAUUCCUCUGACUAGUUCCGAGAGCAUUGAGGUGCAAGGUAACAGCGCAGCUGCUUUGGGUAAUCUGUCUUCGAAAGUCGGCGAUUAUUCCAUGUUCGUUCGUGACUGGGCAGAUGCCAAUGGUGGCAUCCAUGGCUACCUUCAUCGUUUCCUCGCCAGUGGAGACCCAACAUUCCAGCACAUUGCCAUUUGGACUCUGCUCCAGCUUCUUGAGUCUGAAGACAAGAAGCUCAUUGGAUAUAUCUCACGAUCCGAAGAUAUUGUUCGUUUAGUCAAGAUCAUCUCCGACAAGAACAUCGAGUCAGAUGAAGAAGACGUGGAUGAUGGCGAGGGCGAAGUCAUUACUCUAGCCCGUCGUUGUUUGGAGCUGGUUGGAGCUGGUCCUAAGCAGACCCUGGUGGAAGCUUAA